AUGACGCCGGCGGAGGCGGAGCAGGCAGCGACGGCAGAGGGCUUGACACUGGUGCGCUCGUCGCGCUCCAGAAGCGGGUUCGAAGGCGUGUGCGCACACUCGAAAGGCAACGGCUUUGCGGUGAGCCGCAAGGUUGAUGGGAGAAAGCAGCAUAUUGGCUGCACCGCGACGGCGGAGGAGGGAGCGCUGCUUUACGCGCGCGAGCUGGGAACGGAGGCGUCCGCAGCAGCGGCGGCAGCGGCGGCAGCGGCGGCGGCCGAGUCUAUGACGCCGGCGGAGGCGGAGCAGGCAGCGACGGCAGAGGGCUUGACACUGGUGCGCUCGUCGCGCUCCAGCACCGGGUUCCAAGGCGUGUACGCAAGGCCGAAGGGGAGAGGCUUUAAGGUGACGCGCGAGCGUGAUGGUAGAACGCAGUACCUCGGUUACGCCGCGACGGCGCAGGAGGGUGCGCUGCUGUACGCGCGCCAUCUUGGCGCGGAGGCAUCGACUGCGACCGAUGCAGCGGAGGACGAGUACGCGGGACGCCAGGCGGUCGAGAUGUCGAAUGCAGCCGUAGAAGGGAGUAGAGAGGCACAACCAGCGACGGCGUCAAGGAUGGUCGCGCGCCACCUGGGGGCGGAGGCGUCGUUGGCGGCGGCGGCGGCGGCGGCGGCGGCGGCGGCGGCGGCGGCGGCGGCGGCGGCGGCGGCGGCGGCGGCGGCAGCUGAGCCGAUGACGGCGGCUGAGGCGGAGCAGCUGGCGGCGGACGAGGGCCUGGCGCUGGUGCGGUCAUCGCAGUCGCAGACCGGCUUCAAGGGCGUGUCGAAGCGGGGUGGGCGCUUUGCGGCUGUGUUCGGGUCGCACCAAAGUGAAGAGUACCUCGGCAUGGCUGCGACCGCGGAGGAGGCGGCGCUGUUGUACGCGCGCCACGUCGGGGCGGAGGCGUCAGCGGCGGCGGCGGCGGCGGCGGAGGCAGAGCCGAUGACGGCGGCCGAGGCGAAGCAGCUGGCAGCGGACGAGGGCCUGACGCUGAUUCCGUCGUCGCAGUCGCAGACGGGCUUCACGGGCGUGUCGAAGCACGGCAGCCGCUUUCAGGCUGUGUUCGGCCAUGCGCACCUCGGCAUGGCUGCGACGGCGGAGGAGGCGGCGCUGCUUAUCGCUCGCCACCUCGGAGCAGAGGCGUCGGCGGCGGCGGCGGCGGCAGCCGACGGACGAGAGGAGGCGAAGCGGAAGAGAGAGGAGGACGCCGAGGACAAGGCAGUGGCCGCCGCGGAGAAGAGAGCAGCGGCAGCGGCCAAGAAGCAGGCGCAGAAGGAGGCGGAGAAGGCGCGGAGGGAGGCGCAGAAGGAGGCGCAGAAGGAGUGGCUGCGGCGCUCGCAGGAAGAGCUCGCCGCACGGCAGCGGCACGCGGCGGAGGAGCAGAAGCGCCUGCUGCGGGAGGCGGCCGAGCGGCGGGAUCGCGAGCUGGGGCGCGAGGCGGCGCAGCGACCAGGCACAAGUGCGCCGGCGGCAGCGGAGCUCGACCCGCUCGCGACGGAGCAACCGAUCGGCGCCAUCAUCGAGAGGGCGCUCAGCAGCACGUGCGUCUACCGUCGCCUCGGGGUAUUGCUAAAAAUCUCUCUCUCAGUUGUCGCGAUCGCCCGGCGCGGCGGCAUUGACAUCCUUGACAAUGAGGAGCUGCUAGCGGAGGUCGAGGCGGAGACGCGCGCCAAGGGCAAGAAGGGCAAGAAGAAGAAGAAGAAGGGCGGCGGGGCGGGCGGGGCUGCGGGGCCGUCGCAGGAGUCCGAGGCGCCAGCGGAGGGUGCCGAGGCGCCGUCGGAGGCAGCCGCAGCCAAGGCGGCGAAGAAGGCCGAGGAGGCGAGGCUUCUCCUGCUUCUCGAGACGCUCACCGAGGAGAGGAUGCGGCUCGGCAUCACGCCGGAGAGCCAGGCGGCGGCGUCGGCAGAGGUGGCCGAGGCGGCGCGCUUGGACGCUGCGGCGGACGAGGCGGAGGAGGAGGCGGACGAGGAGGAGGAGGCCGAGGCGGCGGCCGAGGCGGCGGAGGCGGAUGCCGAGGUAGCGCUGGUGGCGGCUCAGGCGGCGUUUGAGGAGGCGAGAGCCGCCACAAAGAUGAGGCGUGCUGCUGCCGUCGCUGCGAGGGCCAGGGCAGCCGCCGCCAGGAUGGCGGCGGAGGCGGCCCAGCGCUCAUAG